GCUCUUCCUCCUUCGAGGAGAUCGAAAACUAGUCCAAAUCAAUUCAUGGGUUUUGCAUGACCAAUCCUCCAUAACCCGAAAGAUCUCUCGUUUCAAUUGAUUCAAUUCGAUUGUCGAAAUGGCAACAGCUCCAGAGCAGCCCCAUGAGGUCCUCCCCUGGCUGAGAGCUCUCCCAGUAGCUCCGGAGUACCACCCAACCUGGGCCGAGUUCCAAGAUCCGAUUGCCUACAUUUUCAAGAUCGAGAAAGAAGCUUCCCAGUAUGGCAUCUGCAAAAUCGUGCCACCUGUCCCUCCGGCGCCGAAGAAGACCGCAAUUGCUAACCCCAAAUCCCGAUUCGAAGGGAACUGCUUGCGACUUCGAUAAGACAAGCAACAGACGCAAAGUGACUCAGAUUAUCGUCUCA